CUUCCCUUUCUUAUUCCUAGUUGAAGAAAAAGGAAUCCUACAAGGCAACCUUUGAUGAGAGGUACUUUUUGCCUCUUGAAGUUUAUUUCAGUUUAUUCUAGUUCAUAAUUCGCCGACAUAAAGUCAAGUGUUUGAAAACAAACACAACACGCUGUUGAAUCGUAUUGUGAUUUUGUAGAUUUGGCUGUCGUAAUGGUUUUCCUGCGACAGAUGUUGCACACCGCCAGACGCAUCCCGAUGAUCAAAUUUCGAAAGGGAGGCCCCUAUUUAGAUAGUACUGCUCCUGGACAUCAGUCCGCUGCGGCUGCAGGAGCGCCCGGUAGUACCUCAACGAGAUCGGUUUCAUCCGGUGAGACAAUUGAGGAAUGGCAGUUGCCCGCUCGUUACCAAAGAAAACCCAUCGACGAUGUCGAAAUGGAGUGGAUCAAUAAUGGAGGACCUCCGGCUUAGGACGUAGACAUUCGGAAUCGUUGAGACGGAUCGUCAAUCCUAGUCACACAGGGUCAAACAUAUACCCAAUCAUUAUUCUAAUCACUGUACCACUGAGACAGCAUUUCUCAUCGAUGCGUGCGAAUGAUGUUUGCCUUCGAAUGCCGCAGACCGGCUCUUAUCGUUACUCGUCACGCUGAACUCUGUUUAGGGAGAAACAUUUUUGUAUGUUGAGUUUCUAUGUACUGAAAGAAAUUCGCAAAAUAUCAACAAAGGUGCUUAAAAUUAAAUAAAGUUAAAAUUAGGUACAACGCAGUAAUUGUUCUUCAGAUAAA